GCGAGAUGCACACAAAUAAUCAGUGCGUCGAGCGAUUAUCGAUGGAAUAAAUCGGCUUCGUUUGUUCCGUGAGAUUUUUUGAUGCAGUUCUUCUGCGUCGGGGUGAUUUUUUCUAUUGUUUUCGUAUUGUCCACGGUACCCGAGUGUGUCUUUAAUCAUGAAUAAUAGGAUCGUAAACGUGAAAUUGGUGGAAUAUCAUACGAACAUAGUAACAGUGUAAUUUAGAAAUGGAAAAUUAAAUUAAGGCAUCAUAGAGUGGACAAAUGAUUUUUAUACACCGUUAGUUCGUGAAAACGAUCAAAACGGGUGACUGUUGUCGCGUGUCUCGAACGUGCAGCGAAACCGUUUUUGAACGCAGAGCUCAGCAUGGUGAUACGAUUGUAAUUACCAAUUCGCAGCUACCCGCGUUGCACUUGCUCACAUUUGCUCAGCCGCGCGAAGAGAUACAUAAGACUGUCUGUCCUAAUGAGUGUCUUUUGAAGUACGGUGGAAGUAGUUAUCUGUAAAUUUUGCUCGAAGGAGGAUGCCAGUAACUAAACGUAUUCCAUGCCCCUCGCGAUCCGACGGUGGUAGCAGUGAAAGUCCAUUACUUGUGGAAGAAGGAGAAACAGUUGGCGCGCCUCAUAGUCCACGCAGUAAACAUAAUCAUAGUCAUUCGCAUGCUAAUCCUCAUAGGUCUCAUAGUUAUCGUCAUGAAAAACCAAAACAGCUAGUAAAAUACGGAGAGCUAGUUAUUCUUGGAUACAAUGGAUUUCUCCCACCAGGGGAUCGAGGAAGAAGGAGGAGUAAGUUCAUUCUCUUUAAGAGGCCUGUACCAAAUGGCGUAAAGCGUAGUAAACAUUAUAUUGUCAAAACGCCUCACAGUUCACAAGCUAUUCUUAAUACAAAACAACAUUCAAUUUCGUACACUUUAUCCCGAACACAAGCCGUUAUUGUGGAAUAUACUGAAGAUGAAGGAACCGAUAUGUUUCAGGUCGGACGUUCCUCCGAAUCCCCAAUUGAUUUCGUCGUCAUGGAUACAUGUGCAGGCGGCAGCGACGGAUCUAACGAAGGACGUGUUGCUCAAAGUACAAUUAGCAGGUUUGCUUGUCGAAUUUUAGCCGAUCGGUCGGAUCCCAGAAUCGCAAGAAUAUAUGCCGCAGGUUUUGACAGCUCGAGAAAUAUCUUUUUAGGGGAAAAAGCAACCAAGUGGCAAGAGAAUCGCGAGAUCGAUGGCCUCACGACGAAUGGCGUUUUAAUAAUGCACCCGCGGGGCCAGUUCUGCGGCGGCGAGGCGCAGUGUGGCUUUUGGAGAGAAGUCAGCGUUGGCGGUGGCGUUUUCUCGCUAAGAGAAAGCCGAAGCGCCCAACAGAAAGGGAACGUUGUCGAAGAUGAGAAUAACAUUUUGCAAGACGGGACGCUUAUCGAUCUGUGCGGUGCUACGUUACUGUGGAGAUCCGCCGAAGGUCUUGCGAAAUCUCCGACAAAACACGAUUUGGAGGAAUUAGUUGACGCUAUAAAUGCUGGGAGACCGCAGUGCCCGGUCGGUCUGAACACGUUAGUCAUACCACGUAAAGCGGCUGCAGACUCAGCGCAACAGCAGCCGUACGUGUAUUUGAAGUGUGGACACGUGCAGGGCCACCACGACUGGGGCCAGGAAAAAGAUAAAGCGACAAGAAGAUGCCCGAUGUGUCUAGUGGCUGGCUCGGUAGUUAAACUUUCUAUGGGAAUAGAACCUGCGUUCUACGUCGAUUGUGGCCCACCUACUUAUGCAUUUAGGCCUUGCGGGCACAUGGCUACGGAGAAAACAGUAAAAUAUUGGGAAAAAGUCGCGAUUCCACAUGGUACAAAUGGAUAUAUUGCAAUUUGUCCGUUUUGUGCAAUCCCCCUCGAAGGAACACCAGGAUAUGUGAAACUGAUUUUCCAAGAUAAUGUAGAUUGAGGUUCGUUUACCAUUACGGUCGUGAGUAUGUGUAGAAAUUAUUAACUUCUUAUAAAGUGCAAGGAUUAUUAAAAUUAAUAAAAUGUAAAUAAUCUUAAUACAAAUAUAUAACGAAAGUUUUGUUCUUCUUCCUUGAUAUAAAUUUAAGCAAACUUUUGUAUGUACAAAUAGCUCCGCAAUGAUUAUUACAUAAAUGACCACGUGAAAUAAAUAUCCCUUCUUAUACAGUAUUAUUCAUAUGUAUUAUUUUUCAAUAUGUUAUUAAAUUGUUUAACUUAAUCGUGUAAUAUCCGUGAAGAAAAAAAAAAAAAUAUUUG